CUGAGAACGUUCUCAUUCUUGCGGGGCGGAGACUGCGACCGGCUCCUUGUUGCAACAGCACUUCAUUUCAUAAUUUUAAGCACUAAAACCAAGGAACCAUGUCUAAAGGAACAGCAGUUGGAAUUGACUUGGGCACGACCUACUCUUGUGUUGGUGUCUUUCAACAUGGUAAAGUGGAGAUCAUUGCCAAUGACCAGGGAAACCGGACCACACCCAGUUAUGUUGCCUUUACAGAUUCAGAAAGGUUGAUUGGUGACGCUGCCAAAAACCAAGUUGCUAUGAACCCAACCAACACAAUAUUUGAUGCUAAGCGUUUGAUUGGCAGACGUUUUGAAGAUACAGUGGUUCAAUCGGAUAUGAAGCACUGGCCAUUUACAGUUGUUAGUGACAGUGGGCGACCCAAAGUUGAAGUUGAAUACAAAGGAGAGAAGAAAACCUUCUAUCCAGAGGAAAUUUCUUCAAUGGUUCUCACCAAGAUGAAAGAAAUUGCUGAAGCCUACCUUGGAAAGUCUGUCACCAAUGCAGUUGUAACAGUACCAGCUUACUUCAAUGAUUCCCAGCGCCAAGCCACCAAAGACGCUGGUACAAUUGCUGGCCUGAAUGUCCUUCGUAUCAUCAAUGAACCCACUGCUGCUGCAAUCGCUUACGGUUUGGACAAAAAGGUUGGAGCUGAGAGAAAUGUGCUAAUUUUUGACCUCGGUGGUGGCACUUUUGAUGUGUCCAUCUUGACUAUUGAAGAUGGCAUCUUUGAAGUGAAAUCUACUGCAGGUGAUACUCACCUGGGUGGGGAAGAUUUUGACAACCGUAUGGUCAACCACUUCAUUGCAGAGUUCAAGCGCAAGUACAAGAAGGACAUCAGUGACAACAAGAGAGCCGUUCGCCGUCUCCGCACCGCUUGUGAAAGGGCAAAGCGCACCCUAUCCUCCAGCACCCAGGCCAGUAUUGAAAUUGAUUCCCUCUAUGAGGGCAUUGAUUUCUAUACCUCCAUUACCAGGGCUCGUUUUGAAGAGCUCAAUGCUGAUCUUUUCCGUGGCACUCUUGACCCAGUAGAGAAGUCUCUGCGUGAUGCCAAGCUGGACAAGUCUCAGAUCCAUGAUAUUGUGCUGGUUGGUGGUUCAACUCGCAUUCCCAAGAUCCAAAAGCUUUUGCAGGACUUCUUCAAUGGAAAAGAGCUAAACAAGAGUAUCAACCCUGAUGAGGCCGUUGCAUAUGGAGCAGCUGUGCAAGCUGCUAUCCUAUCUGGAGACAAGUCUGAAAAUGUGCAGGACCUUUUGCUGUUGGAUGUCACUCCCCUGUCACUUGGAAUUGAGACAGCAGGUGGUGUCAUGACUGCUCUAAUUAAACGUAAUACUACUAUUCCAACUAAGCAGACGCAGACCUUCACAACCUACUCUGAUAACCAGCCUGGUGUGCUCAUUCAGGUUUAUGAGGGUGAGAGGGCAAUGACAAAGGACAACAACCUGCUGGGAAAAUUUGAGCUUACUGGCAUUCCUCCAGCACCCCGUGGUGUGCCUCAGAUUGAAGUCACUUUUGAUAUUGAUGCCAAUGGUAUAUUGAAUGUGUCUGCGGUAGACAAGAGCACUGGCAAAGAGAACAAGAUCACCAUCACUAAUGACAAAGGCCGCUUAAGCAAAGAGGACAUUGAACGCAUGGUCCAAGAGGCUGAGAAAUACAAGGCAGAGGAUGAUGUACAGAGGGACAGAGUUUCUUCCAAAAACUCUCUUGAAUCCUAUGCUUUUAACAUGAAGUCAACAGUGGAAGAUGAGAAACUCCAGGGUAAGAUCAGUGAUGAGGACAAGCAGAAGAUCUUGGACAAGUGCAAUGAAAUUAUCAACUGGCUGGACAAGAACCAGACUGCUGAAAAGGAGGAAUUUGAACAUCAACAGAAAGAGCUAGAAAAGGUGUGCAACCCAAUUGUCACAAAGCUGUACCAGAGUGCAGGGGGUAUGCCAGGUGGAAUGCCUGGAUUCCCAGGGGCUGGUGCAGCACCCUCUGGUGGUGGUGGCGGCGGCAGCUCCUCUGGCCCUACUAUUGAAGAGGUUGAUUAAAAAAGAAUCAAGCAUGCUACCUUUUAAAAGCAACAAAGUUCUACCCGAAGGGCCCAUCUAGUAAGCCAAGGCUGGCCAUUGGCUGCUACUGCUCACUUGCGUAAUGAUGGCUGCUAUAUUGUAUUGUCUUUUGAUACUUGAAAUUGUUCACUGCUUGCCGCAGUGUCAUUCUUGUUGUACUGUUAAUGCUGGUGAUGCACUUGAGUCCUGGUGAAUAAAUGAAGUUGA